CUUUCUAUUUGCAGAAUAGAGAAAAAUACAAACAACGCUACAUAACAUAACACGUUUGUGUAACAUCAAGGCCUGGAUUAUAGCUAGUUUCCUGAUGACAUUAGCUUUCCAUGUCAAGCCAAUUUGCUCUUACCAAAUAUCCGAUGUCAGAUCCAUUGAGAAGACUGUAACUUCUAGACCUCUGAUCUUCGGAACUGUCUUUGAUGAAACACCGAGUUCAACGUCUGAAAUACCCUUCAAACCCUCCAAGCAACUAUUCAACCAGUUUUUCUCUCCUCUAACGACUGAAAAACCUCCAGAUCCACCACAUGAAGAGAUAAGUACGAUAUUAGAACCUACAAAUACUAGAUUGCAACCUUCAGAAGGUUUGCACAUCAAUUUGUUCACCUUGCCUACUGAUUCCUUGAACUACAAUUUUUUGCUGAACCAGCAAGACACAGUAGGCCUCGAUCAUAAUUUGGAAGAACAAACACCAAAAACUGAGAAUUCUCAGAAUACAAAAGGUAUUAGACCUUCAGUCAUUCAAAACGAACCUCUUGAAGGGAAUGAUGACAUAGAUGAGCUGAAAGAAAGAAAACCCACUGAGACACACGUCAAAAAGGAAGUUCACUACCAUCAGCAUAAACAUUUUCAUGGGUACAUCACCAAGCAAAAGCAGGAGAAAGUUCCUGCAAAUGUUCAUGAACAUUCUCAUGAGCACAAGGAGAACAAAGACCAUCAUCACCAUAAUCAAGAAUAUGAUAUUGAGAUUCCAGAAGAGAAUCACAAGCAUAAAAACAGAGGUUUUCUACGUACUAAACACAAAAAUGAACAUUAUCAUAAGCUACAACGUGAAAACGAGCAAGUGCCGAUAGACGUUCUCGAACAUUCUCAUGCGCAAAUACAUCAUCAUCAAGAAUACCAAGGUGGCCCUGAAAGUGACGACAAACAUGAAUACGAGGAUGUUCUGCCUCGCGGUUACAAACAGAAAGAUAAACGUGAAUAUUCUCAUAAGCACAAAUACGAAAAUGCCCAUUAUCACCAAUUAGAACCAGAACAUCAGCUAGCAGAUGAUCCUGAACAUUAUCAUACUAAUAAGGAGAAGCAAGAACAUCAUCACAGCGAUUAUGAAGAAGACUACAAACGUGAACAUUCUCAUAUACAAGAACAUUCGAAUGAACAUGCUCAUCAACAUCAUCGUGGGAAUCAAAAAUACAGACGUGAGGGCAAUAAGCAGCAUCCCAGAUCACGGCAUAAGAUAAGUCAUAAUCGUCGUGUGAAUAAAAAAAAUAUUGAUCAGAAUCGGGAAAAACAAUCUCAUAGAAGGCGUCCUCAUCAGAAACAGAGGUCACAUCAACAGAAAGUUAUCGUCAAAAGAUACUAGAAAUGAAAUAGAGAAAUAAAAAAAAUGCUAAAAUAUGUAUUGCUCUUCAACUGAAUAUAUUGGGAAUAAUUAUAAUAAACAGCAUCUGUAAGUGAACAAAUGUUGAUGUUUAUUGAAUACGAAUUUCGUUAAUGAUCGGGAAGACAAACUGUAUACAUGAACAUUGAGUGUUUAGUGUUUGGACAGUUGCCCUGAAGCAUUUAUUUUAAGAAUGAUGAAGGUAAU